AAUGUUCUACGAUAUCUUUGAUACAUCAUGCAAAUAUGCCUUUAUGAAUGAAGUCAGUUUGUCAUAUAUGGAUGAACUGUAUAUGUGAGAAUCUUUAUUUAACAAUGUUAUAUUAACACAUAUAUCUGAUCGAAGGAUUAUCAAAGAAAAACGUGUGGUGUAUUUACGUUUAAAUUGAAUCAAUAUAUAAGAGGAGAAAAGUUUUAAAGGAAAACAUGGCAAGAGUACCGGAUCAAGAAUUAAAAAAGGCAUUUUCGGAAUUGCACGAGAAAAUGGUAGAUACCACGCAAAAAUUAAAACUGGCUGAUGUACAAAUAGAAAAAUUAAAACGUACGAAACAACGUGCACAACUUACCGUUAAAGAGAUAACCUCUUUGCCACCGGAUACAAGAACUUACGAAUCCAUUGGUCGAAUGUUUUUAUUUGAUGAUAUUGAAAAUAUUAAAGUCGGUUUGGAAAAUAGAAUGAAAGCUGUAGACGAGAAGGUUCAAACUUUAGAAAAUAAUAAAACUUAUUUGCAAAAGAGUCUGAAAGAGAGUGAAAAUAAUCUUAGAGAGAUGAUACAACAAAGACAAAGUAAAGAUGCAUCCGGCUGAAUAUUAUUUCGAAAUUAUUCAUUAUAUUUCUCAACGAAUAUGAUACUUCAUUAAAGAUGCUAAUUGUUUCAAUAUUUCUUUUGAUAUUUUAAUUUAUCAUUAUGUUAAUGUUUCACUCAUCAUUGUCUCUAUUGAAUUGUAACAUUUUCUAAAUGCUAUUAAAGAUAUAAAUCGACGUA